CUCCAGGAAGUGACGUCACACCAGGCGGGCCCAGGUGAUGGCGGAAGCGGAGGCCAAGAUGAAGCAGUUCAAUGGCGGCGGUGGGGCCGGGCUGGACGCGGAGCGGGGUCGGUUCCCGUAUUGCGUGGUGUGGACGCCCAUCCCCGUGCUGACAUGGCUCUUCCCCAUCAUCGGCCAUAUGGGUAUCUGCACAUCGACAGGAGUCAUUCGGGACUUUGCGGGGCCGUAUUUUGUCUCAGAAGACAACAUGGCGUUUGGGAAGCCAGUGAAGUACUGGAAGCUGGAUCCUGGCAAAGUUUACUCCAGCAGCCCCAAUGCAUGGGACACAGCUGUGCACGACGCCUCGGAGGAGUACAAGCACCGAAUGCACAACCUUUGCUGUGAUAACUGCCAUUCUCACGUGGCUCUGGCCUUAAACUUGAUGAGGUACGACAACAGCACCUCCUGGAACAUGGUCAAGCUCUGCUUCUUCUCACUCCUCUAUGGGAAGUACGUCAGCAUAGGGGGAUUUGUGAAGACCUGGCUUCCCUUUGUGCUCUUCUUGGGGGCGAUCCUGACGGUGGUUCUGACUCUUCACCUGCGGUGAUAACAGCUGGGAGCCCCCCACCCUAUGGGCACCCCAAGGAGGGGACUGUGACUGCUUGACUCAGUGGGACAGAGGCACAGCAAUGCGGGAGGCUGCAAUUCCACUCCACUCUAACAGCUCAUCCUCGUGUCCUGGAACUGCCUUCUUCCCCUUCUGUCUCUGUCCUGUCUCUGCUGUGUCUCAAUGCCUCCUGACUUCUCCCUCCUUCUGCAGUUUGGCAGCUGGGAAAGGAGAGGUGUGGGUUAAACUUUGCUUCCAGCACGAGGCAGAGCCUCAAGGCAACCCCCUCCUUGUUGCUUGAGGAACACCAGUGCUUACACCCCCUGGGGUUCUCUCCCAUCACCUCUUCCUUCUUCCUGCCACACUUUAUCAGAUGCUUCCUUAGAUUCCCAGCCUCCAAGGAAGGGUUGCAUCCCCUCCCAUAGCACACAUUAGGAGGUGUGGGGUGCACACAGCCACAGCACGGCCUGACAGUGCCCAGCAGUGCCAGGGAGGUGUUGGAGGCUCAGCCCUAAGAAGACACAGAGGGUCGCUCUGCAGCAGGGCGGGUCCCAUCUGGUCCUGCUGGUGAGCCCAGAAAAGCAGGAAAGUGGAUGGACUGGCUCGGGUACGGCUCAUGGCAGCCUGCAGAGCUGGGACUCUGCUGCCAAAUCCCUUUUAGCUUCUGCCAGAGCAAAUACAGUUUUCCUGCUUCUCCCGGUGCUCUCAGUGCCUGAGGUUGUUGUUGCACUUCUCCUUCACUUUAAGCCUCAGUGCUCUGUGUGCCGUGGAACUGCUGCCUGCAGAGGUGCUGGUGGGUGCUGGGACAGAAGGCUUGGUGUAGGGCUGUGAUAGCAUCUGUGCCUCCAUUGGCAGCCCUAAGAUAUGUGGGGCUGAUGUUUAAGGAGAGGCUGAAGGCCUGUUGUAUUGGGUUUGGAUGGGGGCUCUCUGAGGUGCUGCUUUCCAUGGGGCUUUCUGCACACCAUCCCCAUGGCUUCCCCUAAUGUGGAAGCCCAUUCCAGGCCCCUGCUGCCUCCCGGUGCCUCCCUUGUGCUCCCCCCUCUGUGCCCCCCACCCACACAGGGUCGGUCUCCCUUUGGGUGUCUCUUGCUGUAUUUCCUCCUCUCCCACUGUUUCAAUGUCCCCUCCGUGGAUGGGAGAGAUGAGUCCCGACGUGCCCCGCUUCUGAAUGGAAGUCUGGGACCCUCCGAGGAGCUGUGGGGCUGAAGCCAAACAACCCAUCUCCUGCAGUAGCAAUAACCUACAGGCUGGUAGGGCUGUGUCCCCCCGUGUUAGAGAUCAGCUGUACGAGCGUUGCCAAAGCUGAGGCUGGGAGCUGCUGGGGGAGGUUCAGUUCAGUGCCAUUCCCAGAGCUUUUAUACACAGACUCUUCCCCUGCAGCAUCAGCAGAGCCCUGCACUCAGUGGGGCUGGGAUGAAGCAGAGCUCCCACAUUGCUGCCCCAGCCCUCAGCGAGCACACAGAGCCAUCCCUGCCCCAUGGAAAUGAAGGGACAGAGCAUCCCACAGCUGGGAGGUGGCAGAGGGGCGGCCAGGUAAGAGAUGUGCCCCCUCACAGCAUCCCCCAUCAACUGCUGUGCCCCCAUCCCUCACACUGGCUCCAUCCCUUCCAGUGUCCCCCCCUGUAUCACAGAGCUCCGUUGCUUUGUGGCCGCUCUUUGGUGGGGGCCACCCCUCCAUCCCCCUCCCUUUAUUCCCUUCAUCUCCGUGGGGCGCUGGAUGACUUUGUAAAUAUUUCAACUCUGCUUCUGUGGUUUCAUAAUCCCGACGGUCGGGGAAAUAAUAAACUCCAGUGGCUGUCUCCUA